AUAAAUUUUUGCUAGUUUAUAUACGUUGUUUACUCGAAGAGAAAGCUAGGGUUUAUACUCUCUCUCUCUUUCUCUCUCUCUCACUAAAUGUGGCCAUCAAGAAAGUUGCAUUGGUCUUCAUACUUUUCAAUCUCUCCUUCUACAUUGGCUUUCAUACUUUUAACCCCAUUGCUCCUCUUCUCUCUCAUUGCAUUCAAUUUGGGCCCUCAGAAGUCGCUAUCGAGGUCGUUUUCUUGGAAGUCAUUAGGGUUUUUAAGCUCGUUCGAGUUUAGUUCGUCAGAUAAUAUUCAUAAAAACCACGACAAUGGCAAUUUGAAUAAUGUCUCCGACGCCCUCAUCUUGAGAGGACCCUCACAUUCUAACCUUCUAAGAAAAGGGGAGUCGUCGUCUCUACUAAAACACGACUUAUCGAGUGCAGAAGCGCGAGGAUUUUUGAAUAGUGGCUUGCGCAAAAGGUAUAGCAGAUUAGAGAGGAAUGAAGCGGUUUUAGCCAAAGCACGACUUUCAAUUAGAGAGGCUGCUAAAAAUAGGAGCUUAAUCCCAUCAAUUGUCGAACAAGAUCCUCACUAUGUGCCACGUGGACCUAUUUAUCGUAACGCCAACGUGUUUUAUAGGAGCUACACAGAAAUGGAGAAUGUGUUCAAGAUCUACGUAUAUGAAGAAGGCGAGGCUCCGAUCUUCCAUGAUGGCCCUUGCCGGAGCAUAUACUCCACGGAGGGGAGGUUCAUCCACGAGAUAGAGAAAGGGAGUCGAUUUCGAACCAAGGAUCCGGAAGAGGCUCAUGUCUACUUCAUGCCUUUCAGUGUGGUUGCGAUGGUUCGUUAUCUCUAUGAGCCCGAUUCAUUCGACAUGAACCCCAUUGGCAACACUCUUGCUGACUAUGUCCACACCAUCGCCCACAACCAUCCCUUCUGGAACCGGAGCCUCGGGGCCGAUCAUUUCAUGCUCUCGUGUCAUGAUUGGGGGCCCCACUCGAGCUCCUACGUCCCGCUCAUGUACAAUAACUCAAUCAGAGUUCUAUGCAACGCUAAUACGUCCGAGGGCUUCAACCCCCUCAAGGACGUAACGUUGCCCGAGAUCAACCUCAAGACGGGGGAGCUCACGGGCCUCUUGGGGGGCCCGCCCCCGCAGGAGAGGUCGGUCCUCGCCUUCUUCGCGGGCGGGCUCCACGGCCACAUCCGCCACCUCCUCCUUGACCGGUGGGAGGGGAAUGAUACCGACGUGCAAGUCUAUCAGAAGCUCCCGACCAACCUCAACUACGAGACAAUGCUGAGGAACAGCCGGUUCUGCCUCUGCCCCAGCGGGUACGAGGUGGCCAGCCCGCGGGUGGUGGAGGCGAUCUACGCGGAGUGCGUGCCGGUCCUCGUCUCCAGCAGCUACGUGCCGCCGUUCAGCGACGUCUUGAACUGGAAGAAGUUCUCGGUUGUGGUGGAUGUGGAUGACAUACCCAAGAUCAAGGAGAUCUUGAUGGGGAUUUCAGAGGCCAAAUAUCUCAAGCUGCAACGGGGAGUGAGGGAGGUGCAGAGGCAUUUUGUUGUGAAUGAAACGCCUAAGAGAUUUGAUCUCUUUCAUAUGAUUUUGCAUUCUGUUUGGCUAAGGAGGUUGAACUUGAAACUGCGUCGUUCUGUCUAGGUCGAGCUCGAGUCGUUUGAUCUUGAUACGAAUAUAUUCAAUGGUUGAGAUUUUUCGCGGAACCAUCUAAAAGCAUUGUUAAAAAUGUCUAGUGUUAAUUUGUGAAAUUGUAGUUAAAAAAAAAAAAAAAAGUUGAAGAAUGGGAAAAGAAAUGUGUGUGUGUGUGGUUGUUA